AUGCCGUCAGCGGGGACCACCCCCCAGCGGCGAGUGACCCGGAGUCAGAGUCGGGAACUCGAUGAUCCGAACUAUGGAAAACAGUCCUCCUCCAAGACUGUUCAACGUACUGGGGUCCAAGGCAGGGCUCAGUUAAAACACCUCCCUCCGGUGAUUGAACAAUCGCCCAUCAGCUCCCAUCACACCCCAACCUCACGGGUGAGCUCCUCGGUAGUGCCAAAUACACCAACCCAUGAGGAGGGCAAUACCAACAUCUCUGGCACAACCUUUUUAGCUCAUGAAUCGGAUCACGACUCAGAUUCCGGCUCUGAGGAUGGCGGCAUCGAUGCUAUCGACAUGGCAGAUGAGCUGCCAGACCUCCAACAAGCGUCCACCCGCCUGCUAGAGCUCGUCGGCACGAACUCGUCUGAUGCUAAGGGCAUCUGCGAGGUCGCAAAGAGGAUUGCCAAUCCCGCUCAUGCCGACAAUAAGCGGUUCAAGCGCGUCUACAAAAAGCUGGCUGACAGCAUGAAAGUUUUCACCAAUGAAAGCUACAUCGAUGCCGCCCGUGUUUCUGACUUGAUUCCAUCUGUCACGACGGAAGACGCUCCUGAUCCCUGGGACCCAAGGCCGUACCUUUACAGAGCAAACUAUGCUUGGUUAGCACUAACUACUCUUUCCGCCGCUAUCGGUUCUCAAACUCAGGUCCAAGCUAUUGAGAAUCUCGAUAAGCAAUUCCCUGCUCCUUUCAUGAGUCAAAUGAUCCGACCCAAACAGAAACUGACAGGCGGUGGAAGCUCUGCGAUAAGGGCCACCGUUGAUCUGGCUCUUGAAAUUCGAACGCAGUACUUCAUCUCGCAGCUCGAGAAACGUCAAGGCGAGAAAGGGUUUGACGCCCAGUCCAUUCUGAAGGAAAUAUUUUACCAUGAUCCUGCACGGGAUGCCGGCUCUCUUCGAGGAUUCAAUCUUCCAGCGACGUUUGAAGACGAAAACGGCUUUCUUCCUGAUAGUUUGCAUGAUGAGGUCAGCGUACGCAUCGACGAACUGGAGACUUCUCUCUUUGAUGAUGAUGACAAUCUCGAUUUGCAUGGUCUUAAGACAAUCUUCAGCUGGCGCCGGUUCUGUCUGCGCGUCGCACGCUUCGUUCAGCUUCGAGAGCAGGAAUUUAAGGCGACCAUCGCUUCGCAGCCCAAGAUUGAUGACGUGCAAGUGUUAGUGGUCAAUGCGAUUCAUCGUCGAGCGGAUCCAAACGCUGUUGAAUCGCCGGAUCAUGCAACGCUCGUGAACUCUUAUCAUGAAGGACCCUCCACCACAUUGAACGAGAUAUCAGUUGAAAGACCUGAGGAUGGAGAAGAAGUCGAAAUUGAAGAGAGCUCAAGCGAAGACCUAGCGCGUCCAGAAGAAACCCAUGAAGAACCAGUGAUUGAACAGUCGGCACCAAAGCCAUCGCCACAAAGAGUGCCAAGUAGGCGGAAAUCGAACAAAGGUAUCUGGCGUACCGCUGAUGCCAUGGACUUCCUUGCGAAGACUCUCAAUACCACACGUCAGGCAGAUUCGGCUACGUUGGAACCACAGCCCGUAAAUUCCGAAAAAGGAAAAGCCGCCGUCAUCCCGGACUCCCCUCGGGGCGUGAGUGUAACUGCUGAUCGUGACGAAAUCGCUGGGACUCCGGAACCCGAGCCUUCCACUAAUCAGCCGGCGUCCCCUCAACAUACGGGGUCGAGUACACAGGAUGACCAGCCUACUUUUAAUCCACUCGAUGACGAUUUGGUAUUUGAUCAGCCACAUGAGGCAGUUAUGUCUGCCAGCCCUCGUGGCUCUGAGCGAAUCAAUCGAGUCAGCCACUAUCCUGGCCGAUUCUUUGAUAGCCCUUCGGCGGCUCGGGCAAAACCCUCAUCGCCACGGCGGUCGAUUUUCGAUCGGCAAGCAACUGCCUCGAGGGUCGUUUUCUCGCCUGGAGGCUCCGAGGAAUCUCAAAGUGGAGAGAGCCCUCGCGAGCCUGCCAAGCGACCAAGCAUGCCACCACCUCCAACGAGCCAGGGACCGUCUCGAAAGCGUGGUCGUGGAGACUCGGACGAUGAGGCGAGCGACGAUGAUGACUUUGACCGGGAUACCCGCGAUCACAACAUCUCCCAGCGCAGAUCUCAGAUUCCCGAACAAGCACGCCCGAGCGAAAAGCGGCAGCGCGUGAGCAACGAGGAACCUAGCCCUGCAGGACAACUACAGGAAGAUCUAGCCGCCAGCCAACAACAGUCACAAGUGACAUCACUCGUGGUUCCCAACACGGCCCCGGCUCCACGCGAGUCUCGUUGGCACGCAGAAAACUCCAUUUCGAGAGCAUCACAUCCACCUCCUGCCAUCCAUACCGCUGGCCGGAGAAGAUGGAGCGACGAGGAAGAUGACCGCCUUAUCAUGCUUAUAGCACGACAUGGCACUCAAUGGGCUACGAUUCAGCGCCAGGACCAAAUUUGUCCUACUACGGAUGGAGGCCCACAGCUCAGCGGUCGAACACAAGUCAAUAUGAAAGACCGGGCACGCACCAUCAAGCAAAAAUACAAGAGGUACAUUCAUCAAGACUCCUUGCCUAUCGUGCAUGUGACUAACAUUAUCAUCUAG